UCAUUACUCUGCUGCUUGUCAAAGAGCGGAGACUCUUUUUCCAACCAACGAAAACAGAGGAGCAUUCUAGAAAUAAUUCAUUUAUGACUUGGUCUAAUUAAAGAAGACGCAAUGCCCGAAUGAAGGCUGCUAUGGAGAUAAGGAACAAUCCCUCAGGCUCAGUCUUGGUCAUUUUCGGUUGUUAUGAAUCCCAACACCUCCUCUGCUCGCUGUGAGGGCCAGUCCCCUGCAGAUGACCCGAUGGACGACUGGCUCUUCCUCUCCUCUGGAUCUGCGGAGCGUCCGGUCCCGGAGGUGAGCGGCGGGAUCCAGGAGAGGGAGGACAGAGGACAAAUCAAAUCCAAGUUGAUCUCAGCGUGGAACAGUGUCAAAUAUGGCUGGUCCUUGAAGCAGAAAUCCAAAUUCAGCAAGAGCUCUGCUGUCAUCAUGUUUGGACAAUCCUACGAGCUCAGGGAUCAUGAUGAGAAAGAGCGUUUCCGCCGCUCCUUCACGUCUCUCCUGUGGUUGACGUACAGACGGGGUUUCCCUCAGCUGGCGGGCUGCUCUCUGACCACCGACAGCGGCUGGGGUUGCGUGUUACGCACGGGACAGAUGCUGCUGGCGCAAGGCCUCCUCUUGCACCUGAUGCCACCAGGUUGGACGUGGUCUGUGAGCCACCAUGCGGUCAAAGAUGACAUGGACCUGCUAGCGAUUCGCCCCACUGACGGUGCAGAGCGUGGACUGGAUUCAAAGGAAGGGGUGAAUAAGAGGUUUCGAAAACUGAGCUUGGGUUCCCUCCUGGACAGACCCAUGGAAGCUACACACAGAAGGGUGGUAUCCUGGUUUGCUGACCAUCCCACGGCCCCUUUCGGAAUUCACCAGCUGGUUGAGCUGGGCAAAAGCUCAGGGAAGAAGGCCGGCGACUGGUACGGACCUUCCAUCGCGGCACACAUCCUCCGGAAAGCUGUGGCAGCAUCAGCGGACCUUCCAAAUCUGGUUGUGUAUGUUGCACAAGAUUGCACCAUCUACUUGGAGGACGUGAAGAGGUUGUGUGAGCGGCCUCUCCCUCAGCCCUGGAAGUCUGUCAUCAUCCUUGUUCCUGUGCGACUUGGAGGACAAGAUCUCAAUCCUUCCUACAUCACUUGUGUCAAAAAACUCUUGACGUUACAAUGCUGCAUUGGAAUCAUUGGGGGCAAACCGAAGCACUCUUUGUACUUCGUCGGCUUCCAGGAUGACCAUGUGCUGUACUUGGACCCUCACUACUGUCAGCCCACGGUGGACAUAACGAAGGAGAACUUUCUCUUGGAGUCCUUUCACUGUAAAUACCCGAGGAAAAUGUCUUUCUCUCGCAUGGACCCCAGCUGUACCAUAGGAUUCUAUGCUAAAGGCCAAAAGGACUUUGAAUCACUGUGCACAGCUGUUAAUGAGGUUCUCUCCAUAUCUGCAAAGACGUACCCCAUGUUUAUAUUUGCAGAAGGAAAAAGUCAGGAGGAGGAGGAGAGAACCAACAUGCCCCAAAACAAUAUCACCUAUAUCCAGAGGAAGAAUGAACGGAGAAGAGUAGACACUAGCAACAGCAUGGACGAGUUUGUUCUAUUAUGAACAGAAGGAGAUCAAAUCUGUCCUGAUGGGUGGACAUUGAUGUUCAAUGAUCAAACAAAUAUGACAGCUGCACUUUGUGGAAACUACUGAGCAACAGAAAAAAUAAUGUCCUCAAAACACCCGCAAGUAAUAAACUUAAGGGGAAAUGAGGUGGCCAGGUAUAAUCAUGACACUACUAUGUUUUUUUUUAUUGCUGUUUUUUUGCUUAUCUGUAGUUGUAUUUAUUGUUUUAAGAGAAGAACAUUUAAAUUAAUAUUCAAGUGAAGGACUUUGAAGAAUUCAUGUUUUCUAUUUUGCCCAAAUCCAGGAUGUCAUGUUGUUUUUUUAAACUAAAUAAAUAGAAAAUUAUAUAAUUAAGUUAAUAAUACGUUUCUCCAAGGGACAAACUUAAGGCAAGUGUUGCUUUGAGAUACACAGACUUUCACUGUUUCAUGUCAUGUGAUGGGAUGCGCUGCCUUUGAAUGGAUUCGAAAAUUGGAUUCCUGUUAACAUGUGACACACACACACACACAUGAGAAACACAGUAUGACUUCACUGGAGAAGAAGUCAUAUGUUGUGAAUGCACUCUCACAGGACAGAAACAAUACGUACUGAAGAUAUUAUUACGAGCUGAACUUUACUUUUGGUGUCUUUUAUCUGAAUAAACACUUUAU